GUCCUCAUCCGCCCUGGUCGUUGUGCAUUUCCCCUCCAUUCUUUCUGCUCUUCUCCUAGCGACUGCGCCUGGUGUUGUCGACACGCUCUGGUCCGGUACCGCAUCCAGCUUCAGGCGGCGAUUCUCGUGACCGCGUGUGCCAUCCAUGAUGCAACUGUGAGCAUCGGCCACCACAGCCAUGGGGAACGGAACUGGCAUGAGCAGGAAUCACUUCGACCAUUGGAACGCCGAGGCCCUCGCUGUGGUAAUCUGCUCCGCUUUGGCUCUGUACAAUGCCCUGGAACUCGAGCUGCUCAUCUUUACGACCUUCCAUGCCUACCGUGGGCUCUACUUCUGGUCACUCACCCUGGCCAGUUUUGGAGUCAUCCCGUAUGUCCUCGGAUUCAUGAUUGAAUACUUCCGGCUCAGUUACUUGUCUCUCGGCACCGCCAUUGAUACUGUGGGCUGGAUCUUGAUGGUGACUGGCCAGUCAGUCGUGCUUUACAGUAGGCUCUGGCUCGUUUUCGGCAACAACCACAAGCGCCUCUUGAAGAUGAUCAAAUGGAUGAUAAUUUUCAACGGAUGUACCUUCCAUGGGCUCACAGCUAUUGUUGUUUAUGGCUCUCGGUUCGGCAAAGAAACAGACGGUUUCAGCAAGGCCUAUGACGCUAUCGAGCGCAUCCAGAUGUGCGUCUUUUUCCUCCAAGAAGUCAUAUUGUCCGGCAUCUACAUCUGGAAAGCGCUCGACAUCAUACAAACGUCCGACCGCAAGCGCAGCCAUCACAUCAUGUGGCAGCUUUUCUCCAUCAACGUCAUCAUCAUCGCUCUCGACAUUACCCUCCUGGCAUUGGAAUUCUCGAGCCAGCACGUCGCCCAACAGACCAUCAAAGGCCUUAUUUAUUGCGUCAAGUUGAAGCUCGAGCUAGCGAUUCUGAACAAGCUGGUAGAUGUAUCGACUGUUCAUGCACGAGCAAAUGCCCUGACUCUCGGCAAUACGAACGACUUCUUAGACCCUACCAAAACAGUCUGGGAUAUAACGCGAUUCACUCCAGCAUUCAGCUCGUCGAUGCACACGUACCCAAAGUGGAUGCAAGACUAUGAGAAAUCAGGCUUGAGGGCGGCAUAUUCUCCGACGGACAGCACUUGGAUUCAAGCGCAGAGGCGUAACACCAAUUUUUAUGCCGACGAUAGCUAUUUCUCCGCUGAGAUACAGCCGUGUACGAUGUUACCAGAUCCGAGACUUGAAGGCCGGGAUAGAGGCUCUGCGACGGACUUGCUGUACGCUGAAGCGUUACGGAAGAUCGCGACCCCAGGUUGAAGACCGUAUGCAAUUCAAUGCAACAAUCGAACAUCGCACGAUCUCGACAUGC